AUGAGUCGCCAUAGUAAGAUAAUUGCGUUAGCUUUAGCUAAAAGUGAAAUUACGGACAGUAACGCUGGAAAUGAUUUACUAAGUUUUAAAUAUAACCUGAGACAACGCACUCCGGUAAAAAUACAGAAUGAUCAAACAGUCUCCAAUGAAUCCGAAGAGAUUCACUCAACAGUAGUUUCAGAAUAUUUACCACCUCAAGAAAACGCUCCAUCUGUUUUAACCCCUGAUGCCGAUACAGAAUCAAUAAAUGAUGAAUUCAUAGAAAAUUACAAUAAUGAAUCAAUAGAGGAUAUUUUACGUGAAAUUGUGCAAAACCAAGAACUUAGUGAUGCAAUAGAAUAUGGAAUACGAACCUCCAAAGAGCAAAGUAAUGUAAUAGGGAAUGGAAGUCAAACUAACGUAGGAGAGCCUAGAAUUUCAUCACACAUUAAUGAUAAAGAAAAAAAGAAAUAUCCGAAGAAAGUUAACUCAGGAACGAAGAAUUUUUGA